UGAGUCAAGGGCUAUAAUUGCACCUCUUCGACUUCUUUCUUUCGAUGGAAACAGCCAAACACGUUAUUCACUCCCAAGGCUACGCUCUCGAAGUCAGAAUGGCCACCGACGGAUCCAAAUUCCCAGCCAAACGGUGUGGUGUCUUGGGCGCAACGGGUAGUGUAGGACAGCGAUUCAUCCUUCUACUCGCCCUCCAUCCUCACUUCAAGCUCACCGCCGUUGGAGCCUCUCCGCGAUCGGCGGGCAAGCAGUACAAAGAUGCUGUCAAGUGGAAGCAGGCCACACCAAUGUCUAAGCAGUUGGGCGAGCUGGUGGUGAAGAAUUGCACGCCAGAGGAGUUCAAGGAUGAGGUCGAUAUCGUCUUCUCCGGUCUGGACAGCGAUGUCGCAGAAGAUACAGAAAUGGCCUUCCUCAAGGCCAACAUUCCCACAUUCUCCAACGCCAAAAACUACCGCCGCAACCCAAUCGUGCCUCUCGUCGUCCCUACGGUUAAUCUCCCACAUCUCAACCUCAUUCCCCACCAACGACAACAUUUCUCCCUCGAGAAGGGCUUCUUGGUCUGCAACUCCAACUGCGCCGUGAUCGGCAUCGUGAUUCCUUUCGCAGCCCUCCAAGCCUGCUUUGGUGAGAUCAACACUGUCUCCGUCGUCACAAUGCAAGCAGUUUCUGGAGCAGGAUACCCAGGUGUCAGCAGCAUGGACAUCAUUGACAACGUGGUCCCCUUCAUCAGCGGCGAAGAAGACAAGUUGGAAACAGAAGCGAGAAAGAUUCUGGGAGGCAUAAACGAGGGGAACACCGAAUUUGUGGAACAAAGCGAGCUUCGCAUAUCCGCAGCAUGCAACCGUGUCCCUGUGCUGGAUGGACACAUGGCUUGUGUUUCGCUCAAGUUCGCGAAGCAACCUCCUCCGAGCGUGCAGGAGGUCAAGGCUGCUCUGAGAGAGUACGUCUCCGACGCACAGAAAUUGGGCUGCCCUUCUGCACCAACGAAUGCCAUUGCUCUAUUUGACGAUGAUCAGCCGGAUCGUCCUCAGCCACGAUUGGAUCGUGAGUUGGACCGCGGAUAUGCUGUUUCAGUAGGCAGAGUGCGCGAGGAUGAGAGCGGGAUAUUCGAUAUCAAGUUUGUGGCUCUGUCGCACAACACGGUCAUUGGUGCGGCGGGAAGCUCUAUUCUGAACGCUGAGGCGGCGGUUCUGAAGGGGUAUGUAUAGAUGGACAUUGGGCAAAACGGGAUGUGCGAUGGGCAAAUUUGGAUGAUGAGAUGACUGUGAAUAGAAUGAAUCAAGACUUUGACACCAAGCCUCUGUUCAAGAGUGCUCAGUAAAACUGCUUCAGGUGGUACAGGAGACUUCACGUUAUUGAUCAACAGAGCAGCCUAUCAGCGCCCCCUGGAUGACAUUGAUAUCAUGCAAGGAAGCCCGGGUCGCAUUCUCUCGAUCCACUGUCAAGCCACCAUUACGAACGUCAACUGCUCAAGAAAGAUUCGGUGCGGACGUC